GUUAGCCAAGCGAAGCGAGUGGAGCUGGAGAUGUACGGCAGUUGCACUCUAUUGAAAUAAUACGUCAUCUCAUAUUCUUUAGUAAUUUCAUAUACAUUUUGAGUAAUUUGAAUUACUAUUCUAUUACGUAAUAAAACAGCAAAAUGCCGGCGGCGCGAGGCACGAAACGGACAGCAUCCAAAACUUCUGCUGUCACUGCAUCAUCGGCACCCAAAAACAAGAAAAAACGCGGAGCAGCAAUCCUGCUGGAGAUACCGACUGCCCCAAAGAAGAGGGGUUCUGUGUUGACAUGCGGACAAGGAGACGUUGGUCAGCUGGGACUUGGAGAAGAUGUCAUGGAGACUACCAAGUUUCGUCACGUGGCCGCCCUGGGGAACAAGAUCGUUGACGCGUACGCGGGGGGCAUGCAUACCAUCGCGUUGGAUAGCGACGGAAAGAUCUGGACCUUUGGCUGCAACGAUGAAGGUGCAUUAGGACGAACAACAACUAAUGAAAAGGACGAGGGGACACCCAAAGCUGUAUCGCUGCCUAAGCCAGCUGUGGCUAUCGCAGCAGGAGAUUCACAUUCAGCAGCUCUGCUUGAUAAUGGGGAUGUUUAUGCUUGGGGAGCCUUUAGGGAUUCACACGGAAGCAUGGGUCUGGUAGUCCGUGGCAGGGAAGGUAAAGCGUGCAAAGAGCCAGUGAAAGUGGAUAUUGGUGAACCAGCCGUGGCCCUAGCUUCUGGUGGUGAUCACCUAGUAAUGUUAUCAGUUUCGGGUUCAGUGUACACAAUGGGUUGCGGUGAGCAAGGACAACUAGGCAGGCUGUCACAAAGGUCUGCGUCCAGAGAUGCUAGACAAGGAUUCAGUGCGCUCUUGGUUCCGUCUAAAGUAACUCUAAAGGCGGGCGCGUCCCGCAUCUGGGCCGGAUACCACGCCACCUUCGUGCUGGACGCGAACAAAGACAAAAUGUUCGCGUGGGGGCUCAACAACUAUGGACAACUUGGUAUAACGGGCGAGAAGCGCAAAACGGCGCUAUAUUCCCCCGCGGAGUGCGACGCGUUCGCCGGCAACUCUUGGAACGGCGUCGCGGCCGGCCAGCACCACUCGCUAGCCGUGGACGAGUCGGGCAAAGCGCACGCUAUUGGACGAUGCGAGUAUGGACGGUUAGGGUUAGGUGACAGGGCGGGGGACGCGGAGAUUUUGGAGCCAAUACCAAAAUUACAAAACAAAACUUGCAUCAGCAUAGCUGCUGGCACCAGUAAUUCCUUCGCCGUUAUGAGUAGUGGUGAGGUGUUAUCUUGGGGCAUGGGCAGCGAAGGGCAGCUGGGUACAGGCAGUAGUCAAGACGCGGCCGAACCCACCAGUGCAGUUUGCGUCACCCACCAGGAUCACACACCCCUGCACGUGUCGGCGGGGGGUCAACACACAGUCCUGCUCGUUGCGGAUCCAAACCCCCAAAAGGAGCGGACACCGACGCCGGAGAAAGAGACCCAAGAGGAGAAAGUGGAGCCCGUAGAGGAGGAGAAGAAGAAGAGACCGACCAAGCGGCAGAAGAAACAGGAGCAGGACGAGGAAAUAUCCUCCACCUCCAGCGCGCAGCCCGCCGAUGCUGCGGAGGACACGCCCGAGAAGGUGAAUGGUAAUGAGAAGAAAGAACCAGAGACGCCUAUGGAGAUUGACGAAACAGAUAAACCAAAAGAAAACACAACAGACAAACUAACAGACGAAACAAAAGACACAGAACAAACAGAGUCCGAAAAAGAGUCACAAGAGAACAUGGACACGUCGAGUCAAGACACCGAGGACUCUAAAGACUCCAAGGAUUCCAAAGAGGAGAAAGACACAGAUAUGAAGCCUGAGGGGGCGGAGAAGGAGAGUGAAGUUGCAGAAGUGAACGGAACUCAGGAGUCUGAAGUUAAAGAAAGCAAAACCGUAGAGGCUUUCCCUGCGACGACUAUGUCCACGGCGUGAUGGUAGGGCAAACUUUUUGUUUAAUUUAUCAAUUAGCACAGUUUAGCUAUCUUACAGUAGGCAAGUCGACAUAUAAUCGUUGAUCAUCCGACCAACCAAAUUCAAAUUCAUUUAUUUAAAGUAGGCCUACUUUAUAAGCACUUUUGAAACGUCAAGUAUGCAUGUUUGUGAGACUCUACCACCG